CAAACAACAGUCUUUUCUUCUUCGUCUACCCGCCUCACAAUUUUCUCACAGCGUAAAGCUCCAAACUUUAAUCCAAAAAAAAAAAAAAAAAUGCAGAGGCUUUACCUUCUUCCUUCGCCGUCUUCUUCUUCUCAUUCUCCUUCUGCAAACCCUAACUCUAGCUUCAUCCUCUUCUUCUCCUCUCAGAACUCCAUCACCACCAACCUGAACAACUUCCAAACUUCUCUCUCCACUCCCCGCUGCUCUUCCCGCGACUCAUCCUCCUCCUCCGCCGCUGCCGCCGUGCUUCCCUACGCCGCUGCCGCCGUUUCCUCAAACGGCGUCGCAUCGCCCAGGCGCGAUGUCGUGCCUAGGAGAGGUUCCACCUCGCCGGCGGAGAAGCUCCCGGUGGUCCGCCGGCCCCUUAUGGACGUCUCUGCCGGAGAUGAGGGCGACGAAGGCGGAUCGAAAUCGGCGGCGGCGAUUGACGCCGGACUUGCGGAGUUCGCGAAGAAGAUGCGGAUCUUCGAGCCCGGGGAGAGGGUGGUGGGAUCGCAGGAGAAGCCAUUGGCGGUGAACUUGGACUUGGCAUUGUACAAGGCGAAGGUUCUGGCCAGGAAUUUUCGCUUUGAAGAAGCUGAGGAGAUUCUUCAGAAGUGUAUAAGCUACUGGCCAGAAGAUGGGCGAGCUUAUGUGCUGUUGGGUAAAACUCUAAACAAACAAUCCAAGAAUUCUGAAGCUCGGGCUGUGUAUGAGAAAGGCUGCCAAGCUACUCAGGGAGAGAAUCCUUAUGUCUGGCAGUGUUGGGCUGUGUUGGAGAAGAAGUUGGGAAAUAUAAGGAGAGCAAGAGAACUAUUUGAUGCGGCCACGGUUGCCGACAAGAGACACAUUGCUGCCUGGCAUGGCUGGGCAGUUCUUGAGCUGAAGCAGGGUAAUAUCAGGAAGGCAAGGAAUCUUCUUGCUAAAGCUCUCAAAUUUUGCGGAGGGAACGAGUUCGUCUAUCAAACGCUUGCUUUGCUUGAAGCCAAAGCAAACCGCGUUGAGCAGGCUCGGUCUUUGUUCAGGCAGGCCACCAAAUCUAAUCCCAGAAGCUGUGCCAGUUGGCUGGCGUGGGCACAAAUGGAGAUGCAACAAGAAAAUAACUGCGCUGCCAGACGACUCUUUGAGAAAGCUAUACAAGCAAGCCCCAAGAACAGGUUUGCAUGGCAUGUUUGGGGAGUUUUUGAAGCCAAUGUUGGAAAUGUUGACAAGGGAAAGAAGCUUCUAAAGAUAGGUCAUGUACUUAAUCCGAGAGAUCCUGUUUUACUUCAGUCUCUCGCUUUACUGGAAUACAAACACUCAACUGCAAACCUUGCUCGAGUGUUGUUCAGAAGAGCAUCCGAAUUGGACCCAAAUCACCAACCAGUGUGGACGGCUUGGGGAUGGAUGGAAUGGAAAGAAGGAAAUAUAGCUAAAGCAAGGGAAUUAUACCAAAAAACAUUAUCCAUCGACUCAACUAGCGAAACUGCGGCACGAUGCCUGCAGGCUUGGGGAGUUCUAGAACAGAGAAUUGGCAACUUAUCAGCGGCUCGCAGAUUAUUUAGAUCCUCACUAAAUCUAAAUUCCCAGAGUUACAUCACAUGGAUGACGUGGGCAUCAUUAGAGGAGGACCAAGGAAAUGCCAUACGUGCCGAGGAAAUUCGUAACCUCUACUUUCAGCAGCGUACAGAAGUUGUGGAUGACGCUUCAUGGGCUAUGGGAUUUUUAGACAUCAUAGACCCGGCAAUUGACAGCGUAAAGAGACUUUUGAAGUUGGACCAAAACUCCUCGCAGGAUUCCUUGAGAAGAAUGGCUGCGAUUGAUGAUGAUCGCAUUGAAGAGGAAGAAUCAGUUGGCUCUUCCUCUAAUGGCACUGACAAGGAAGGCGAGAGUGGUUUUGAUUUGGAUGCUUUUGUUUCUGAAAAAUUGUCUUUGGACCCGAGAAAGCUGGAUUUUCUUUUGGAAACAACAAGAACUUAUUCACCAAAGAAAUCAAGAGAGCAUUUACAGCAAUGGAGGAGAGCAGAGUUAUGCCAAUGGAACACCAAUUCAGUAAUCCAUUAGUGAUAUUUGAGGGCCUUGACUAUUGUACGAUUACCAUUUUAACUCUGAAAUUAGUUAAUUGACACUUUUUUUUCACUUCUUUUUUAAUGUAACUUAAACCUUUGGGCUAAAUUUUUCCUUGGCUAGCCUUUCAAUUGUCAA